AGUGAAUUUCUCUCAAACACUCUGGUCAUACUACUUACAACCUUCUUUCUUUUUCUAAACGUCAGCAAAACCUGCUCGGUUGAAUUGUCGGAACCAUGGUGAACGGCCGCAUACCCUCGGUCUUCUCUAAGACCUACGUGACUCCCCGUCGCCCCUAUGAAAAGGCGCGUCUGGACCAGGAGUUGAAGAUCAUCGGCGAGUAUGGUCUCCGCAACAAGCGCGAAGUGUGGCGCGUCAAGUACGCCCUGGCCAAGAUCCGUAAGGCCGCCCGUGAGCUGCUGACCCUCGACGAGAAGGACGAGAAGCGUCUGUUCCAGGGUAAUGCCCUGCUGCGCCGUCUGGUCCGUAUCGGUGUCCUGGACGAGUCCCGCAUGAAGCUCGAUUACGUGCUGGGUCUGAAGAUUGAGGACUUCUUGGAGCGUCGUCUGCAGACGCAGGUGUUCAAGCUGGGACUUGCCAAGUCCAUCCAUCAUGCCCGCGUCCUGAUCCGUCAGCGUCACAUUCGUGUCCGCAAGCAGGUGGUCAACAUCCCGUCGUUCGUCGUGCGCCUGGACUCCCAGAAGCACAUCGACUUCUCCCUGAAGUCGCCCUUCGGCGGCGGCCGUCCCGGUCGCGUCAAGAGGAAGAACCUGAAGAAGAACCAGGGCGGUGGCGGUGGAGCUGCUGAAGAGGAGGAGGACUAAGCAGCUGUAGCCAAUAAAAUACAUGGCGUUCGUUUUACACAAAUAAAUGUAAAAAGUACACGAA